AAAAAAAACUAAAAAAAAAUAAAACGAUACAUACAAAUAAUUUCAAUCGCCUCUUGUUUUUAUCAUUUGUAUUGCCAUUUUCCAAGUUCAAUUUUUGGACUCCAAAAGUUAUCCGCAGUAUUUGUGAAUUGCUAUUCUCGUCAAGCUCACAUGCCUUCUUCCGUAAAUAAGCAUCGGUGAUGCCACUGCGAUGCCUAAGAGGUUGUUGGCUGGGCUUCCCUUCCAGCAGUCAUUCGAUCACCGUCUUUAACUCAAGAUGCUCCAUGUUGCUCCUUUUCACAUUAUGUCUGGCUCUAGUCAAUGCCAUGACACCGGCGCGCAUUGCGCAGUUGCGGAAGGAAACGGUCGAGAUGUUUUAUCAUGGAUUUGACAAUUAUAUGGAUAUUGCAUUCCCGGAAGAUGAGGUUCGACCAUUGCUUAGAGUACCAAAGAUCUGUAGCUGACCUUUUCUUCUAGCUGAGGCCGGUAUCCUGUACACCCCUCACUCGAGACGCCCAAAACCCUCGACAUUUCGAACUAAACGAUGCACUCGGAAACUAUUCUCUCACUUUAAUCGACAGCCUCUCGACUCUCGCAAUUUUGGCAUCCGCCCCUCCAGAUAAAGAAGAAACCGGGGCAACAGCACUUCAGGAUUUCCAGCAUGGGGUAGCUUCCCUAGUUUUACAAUAUGGCGAUGGGACAAGUGGAGCAUCCGGGAAAGGCCUACGUGCUCGAGGGUUUGAUCUGGACAGUAAGGUCCAAAUAUUUGAGACGGUCAUCAGAGGUGUGGGCGGGCUAUUGAGUGCUCAUGAAUUUGCCGCUGGAAUUUUGCCAAUAAAUGGAUACAAGCCACAAGCUAGCAGAACUAAAUCGGAGAGUAGCUCGAAGACACAUCUACCUGCCAUUUUGUGGGCGAAUGGCUUUACAUAUGAUGGACAACUUUUGCGCCUAGCUCUGGACUUGGCUGAGCGACUCCUGCCUGCUUUUUACACCGCGACUGGUAUGCCGUAUCCAAGAGUUAAUUUACGACAUGGGAUACCAUUUUAUGUGAAUUCGCCUUUACAUCAGGGGUCUGAUCCUGGUGACUUUAUGGACAGAGGUGUGCCUGAGAUUACUGAAACAUGUAGCGCAGGAGCAGGUAGUUUGGUCUUGGAGUUUACUACUUUGAGCCGCCUCACUGGAGAUCCAAGAUUUGAGCAACUGGCCAAGCGAGCGUUUUGGGCGGUAUGGAAUAGGCGAAGUAACAUUGGACUCAUUGGAGCAGGGAUUGAUGCAGAGAAUGGUCAAUGGAUUGGGUCAUAUGCCGGAAUAGGUGCCGGUACUGACAGUUUCUUCGAAUACGCAUUCAAGACCCACGUCCUGCUCUCCGGACAUGGUACUCCCAACAUAACGACACAUAGACAUCAAAAGCAUGAUUCGUGGUUGGAUCCAAAUACACUCUAUAACGAAUUGAGUGCAGAGGAAAACUCCCCAGAAGCUUUUCUCGCAGUGUGGCACGAAGCUCAUGCAGCAAUCAGAAGACAUCUAUACAGUCCUACGCACCAUCCACAUUACGUUAAUGUUCACCUUGUCACAGGCUCGCCUCAGGCAUUCUGGAUUGAUAGUCUUGGAGCAUAUUAUCCUGGUCUACUGACGCUAGCUGGUGAGGUUGAGGAAGCGAUCGAAACUAGUCUCCUGUACACCGCAUUGUGGACGAGGUACGCAGCUCUUCCUGAACGAUGGUCAGUACGCGACGGACACAUAGAAGGAGGACUGGGUUGGUGGCCCGGGCGUCCUGAGUUCAUCGAAUCAAAUUACCACCUCUAUCGAGCGACGAGAGAUCCCUGGUAUCUUCACGUCGGUGAGAUGGUUUUGGAAGAUAUUAAACGAAGAUGUUGGGCAACAUGCGGUUGGUCAGGUUUACAAGAUGUGCGUACUGGAGAAAAGAGUGAUCGAAUGGAAAGCUUCUUUCUUGGAGAAACAGCCAAAUAUCUCUAUCUUCUUUUUGAUCCUGACCAUCCGAUGAACGAUCUCGAUGCUGCUUACGUCUUCACGACUGAGGGACACCCUCUUGUUCUACCUCGAACAAACUCGAGGCGCCCCGUUGCAUCUCGUGCGCCUGUUGCUAGAAAAGCGGCUCAGUCAGAUGUAGCUCUUCGAGAUACUUGCCCUGUACCGCCACCACCAUUGCCCUUCACUGUCUCCCCUACAGCUGCUAGGACGGAUGUAUUCCAUGCAUCAAGUCUUAUAGGUUUACACAUGAUUCCCAAUCACCACGCCACAAUAGAUAAUGAGAACAUCAAGGUCAACAAUCAUACAUACUUCCCAUGGACUUUGCCAGCCUCAAUGAUGCCAAGUAAUGGUACUUGCGAUCGUCUUCCAAUAAGUACUACUUUUACGAUUGAAUUUCCUAACAAUAACCCUUUGAGCACCCAAUCAGUCAAAAAUGGUUUUAACAUUGUCUUUAAUAUUCCUCAAAGUCUUGAUCGUACAAUGGAUGGUAGUAUAUUGGUCAAGAGUUUGUCUGGUCUGAAGAUGGGCAUGAUACAUGAAAGUCAAUCGCGUUCUUCUGGAGUCAAUCAGCACGCCUCGGAAUCGUGGAGAGUAGGCAGUAUUGCGAACAUACCUCUGGGGAGAGACGAACAGGUAUUAAUACCACGAGAUGUGAUAGGGGAUCUAUCAGAUCCUUCGUUCUCACGCAUAAGGAAUCCAGUCAUGCUUGACAUAGUCAUACAACUUGAGCAGGUUCAUGAUCAAAAUCAAAAUGUUUCUGAAAGUGUCGAAGAGUACUUCGAGGAAGAUCAAUUAUACGAAGAUACCCCGAACAUUGCCUUGGAAGAAUCAAUUAGCAAUGCAGGGCUAGCAGAAUACAGAACCUUGCUAAAUUCCCUCCUCCAACAAGUAACAUCUGCCCUGCGCGAUCCAGCCGCUACUCUACUUCCACAGCCCCAAGCUCCUCCCACUUAUACCUACGUCACUCUUCCGGCUGUUCUACCCACAGGCAAAGGUGCUCAUCUCCUUAUCGAUGCACCGGAAGCCCCAGAUCUUAUGUCCGCCAAAACAUCGUCCGCCACUCUUUCUUUCACCAGUAUCUUCUUCGCUGAUGAAGCUUGUAACGGGAGGCUCCCGGACGAAGCAGUCAAAGAGAAUCAUGUUAUAAUUAUGAAACGUGGCGGUUGUACUUUUUCGGAGAAGCUAUCCAAUAUCCCCAGCUACACACCCACAUCUAAUGGCCUCAAGUUAGUCAUAGUGGUUUCGGACGGCGAGGAUGAUGUAGAAACUGGCGAGGAGAAUAUGGAAGGUCAAGGAGGCUCAACGAGAGCAGAGCACAAUUUGAUUAGACCAUUGUUGGAUCAACCACAACUAACCCCGAGCGGUCUUUUGAGACACCACCAGGUCAGCAUGGUAAUGAUUGGAGGAGGUGACGAAGCCAUCGAGGCUUUAAUGAAGGCCAAGAGUAUUGGUAUCAGACGAAGAUACCAUGUAGAAAGCCAAGGACUAUUGGUUAGCAAUAUUUUUGUAGUUUGAUCCACAUGGUAUGGAAAAUAUAUCAUAAAUUCAUUAUGGGAUUUGGCGUUAGGAUAUGAUAUUGGGCUGGGUUUGGCCGGAUGCAUCGAAGGAAAAACAAGAACAACACCUUUUCUUCUAGCGUUUGGGUGUCUCUUUCAUGUUCACGAUAUGAGCGAGGAGUGACGGAUGGUUGGGCUUGUUGUAAAUGUCAUGAAUACUUCUUUGUAUAUAAGCACGAUUACAUACGCGUUUUCUUCAGCAUGCCUAAGUUUCGAAGGCUUUUUCUGAUGCUCGGUGAGGCACUUUCAUGUAUACAUUCAAGUCUCCAAAUUCACGAGGAAAUAUAUGACGAUGGCCAAUCUUCAAAAGAACA